AUGUCUGACGAGUCUCCGAUCCAACGGCUAUCUGACGAUUUGCUCGCCAAGAUCCUGCAGCUAGCUGGUAGACCCGACCAGUUCCUGCAUUCUCUGGUGUGCACGAAAUGGCGUGACAUAGCCUAUCUCGUUCAGGACGCCAUUCACGUGUCUAGUGGCACUUUCUUGAAUCAUCGCCAGCUGCUUGACCAGCUCGCGGCAUUUCCUAGACUGAAGAAACUCGUUGUUUCCGAAGAUUGUUUGUCCUUCGUCCCGGACGUUUUCCUCGCUGGCCUGGCCCACUCGCACCCCGAUUUAGUUCAGCUUCACAUUAAAGCCGUCAGCGAUUUCACGACGGAAGGACUUUCGAACCUCCUUGAGGGUUGCACCAAGCUAGAGGAUCUGCGCCUCGCUUGUCCGCCACGUAUCCUUAGCAUUCCACCUUCCAUCAGCCUCCAAUCUCAACUCAGGAGCCUCGUUCUUACUAUCGAAGGAGUUGCGCAUCUUCCUGACGCGAUCACGUCUUUGCAGCUUCUUGAGAACCUCAAACUCAGUAUGGCCAAUCUACAAGAUUUGCCACAAAACUUUGGCAAUCUUGUGUCGCUGAAGACAUUGAGUCUUGGCGUUCGCUCUCUCCGCUCUCUCCCCACGUCCAUUCAGCAGCUUGUCGAUCUGCAGCAACUGUCUAUCAGCCAUUGCAGGACAUUUCGGCUACCAGAUGGUCUCUCCAAGCUUAAGCGACUGAAGAUGCUUGAGCUGAUCGAUUUUGCGGAGCUCUUGCCGCUGCCUGAGGAUUUCGGAAAGCUGUUGGCAUUGGAGUGCCUAGUCGUGAGGCGUGUGAGAGGGAUUAGGGCACUUCCAGAGACAGUUGGACUUCUCCCACAGCUGCAACUGCUUACCAUUGAGAGCCGUGACAGUUCCUCAUGGCUGCCCAGAUCCUUGCCCAAUCUUACAUCCCUCACGGAGCUCAACUUGCGCGUGCCAUGUGUGUCAGAACUGCCGGAUGACAUUGGUCGGCUGUCAAAACUCAAAAGUAUGAAGCUAGUCAGCUCUAUAGCCAAUCGUCUUCGAGGAAUUUCGUCCCUGCCCGAGGACUUUGGCCGGCUGACUGCUUUGGAAAUUUUGCGUCUCUCAGAACUUAAACACCUCAGCCACCUGCCCGAAUCUUUUGGGCAUUUGAUCAAACUGCAAGAUCUGAGACUUCAGAAUUGUGAGCAACUGCGGCAGCUACCCUGUUCGUUUACCCUGCUAUCUUCCCUUCGGAAAUUGGAGAUCAACAACUGCUCAAGCUUAAAACCCGCUCUGCCCUCCGUCUCACUGCGCACGAAUCAAGCACCUUUCACAACAACCAAACCCAUUCUCUCUCCCCUUUCUCCCCACCUCCCCCUCCCCCACUCCCCUCCCCCACCCCCCUCUCCCCUCUCCCACUCCCCUCUCCCCUCUCCCUCCCCCUCUCCCUCCCCCCUCCCCUCCGCCCUCUCCCUCCCCCUACUCCCCUCUUCCCCCUCCCCGCCCCUCUCCCUCUCCUCUCGCCCCUCUCUCCCCCUCCCCAGGGCAGCAUGGCAGCGCGGUUGGUGGCGUUUGUGCGGAAUGGAGGCGCUAGCAGUGGCGGCGGGGUUCUCGCUCAAGGUCCUUUGGCUCACAGACGCGCCCGUCCACGCCGCUCCCUUCUCCUCGCUCUUCUCCCUCCCCGCCCACCCCAAGAUCUCCAAACCGGACCUUCGGGCCGCUGCUGCGGUCCCCACCACACGGCUUCAAGUUCAAAGCUGCGUCAGUGGGGGACUGUGGGGCGGCGACAUGAGUGGGAGGCAGCGCAGCAAGCGGGUGUUCCGCAUGCCCGUCAGACUGCUUGUGUCCACUCGAGCUAGCACGUGGGAUGGAUGGCUACAAGCAGGACUAAGCUAG